AAAAGACAUGGAGGUGCAGGAAGAAGCACUCAAAACCUGAACCCAAACACUACACCAAAAUACAAAAAGAAAUACAAAAUACAAAACUAGCGGGAACAUCGGCGGGAACUAGCUUUUUAUUUACUAAUCAUCAUAACCCAUUUUCUGUUCUUUAAGCCGUUCUUCACUCAUCUUCUGCUCCGACUCAACAAAUUUCGAAUGGAGUCGGAUUCAGACUCCGACGGAUCUCACAUCUCCGCAACUCCUCCGAGAAAUUUAAGUCCGUCACCACCGCGGCCGCCACCACCGCGGCCGCCACCACCGCGGCCGCCACCACCACCUCUCGUGGUGUCAAAUAAAUCCCGAAUCAGAAUCAAACCCUCAAAAUCAAAACCAGGUCCUUCUGGAUCCUCCAAAGCCCCGUCGAAACCCGACCCGGUCCUGGAAACCCCUCUCUCUCUUCCCACCGAUCUCCCCUUCCAAAUUCGGCGACCUUCCGACGCGCCUUCAGUUUCUUCCUCCAUCGAAACCCUCCCUGCUGGUUUCUUCUCUUCCUCCCACUCUGCUUCGUUCGCGAAGAUUCGAAGACCGCUCAUUAACCCAGAACCUUCUGUAAUCGAACCGGUUCUUACUCCCACCGCGUCCAAUUCACGCGCUAAUAGUACCGAUUCGAGGACACGCGGAAAGACGCGGCUUCCGAACCUGAUAGGUGCCAGCGCGCCUAUGCCUACUGUUAAGCCUCGACCAUGCAGCGGCGGCGAUGGGAACUUCGUGAGGCUAAACUUGAGUGGCAAGCGAAGGAAGUUCCUGAACAAGAAGGGAAAAAGCGGCGGGAAAAGAUACAAGAGAGGGAAAUUCAAAUCGCAGCACGAAAGGGAGGGGGAAGAGAAGGAUAUUGGAGAGUUGAAGCAGAGAGGGGGUUGCAAGAUUCGUGAGAUUGAUUGCGCUGUAGUGGAAGAGGCUGCGGCUGCGGCGCUUGAUGAGCCUUCGGAGGAGAAUUUGGUGAAGAUUUUGAAAUUAGUUUAUGGCUAUGAUUGUUUCCGAGACGGGCAGGUUGAGGCAAUUAAGAUGGUUCUUGCUGGAAAGUCAGGAGCGGUUGUUUUGCCGACCGGCGCCGGGAAGUCGCUGUGUUAUCAGUUGCCUGCUCUGAUCUUGCCUGGGAUUACAUUGGUCGUUAGUCCAUUGGUGGCUUUGAUGACUGAUCAGCUGAGGCAAUUGCCUUAUGUGAUUAGGGGUGGUCUUCUAUCUAGUACUCAGACACCUGAAGAAGCCUCUGAAUCACUGAUGCAGCUUCGACAAGGGGGGAUAAAGGUGCUUUUUGUUUCACCGGAGCGGUUUCUGAAUGAAGGGUUUCUGUCUAUCAUUUCUUCUUUGCCAGCCAUCUCACUUGUUGUUAUUGAUGAAGCACAUUGUAUAUCUGAAUGGUCUCACAAUUUCCGACCGUCUUUUAUGCGACUUAGAGCAUCUUUGCUUCGUAAGACACUUAAUGUUCGUGCUGUGCUUGCAAUGACAGCAACUGCUACUACCACAACUUUAGAUGCCAUCAUGUCGGCUCUAGAUAUCCCUCAGUCAAAUCUUAUUCAGAAGGCGCAGUUUCGGGAUAAUUUUCAUUUAUCAGUGUCUAUGGUCAGAAACAGAAUGAAAGAUCUACUGAUUUUGAUAAAGUCUCCUCCUUUUGCGGAAGUUCAGAGCAUCAUUAUAUACUGCAAAUUUCAGUACGAAACUGAUCAAGUUAGCAGAUAUUUGAAUGAUCACAGUAUCUUGGCAAAGAGUUAUCAUAGUGGUAUCACUGCAAAGGAACGUAGCUAUGUACAGGACUUGUUUAAUUCCAACAAGAUCAGAGUGGUUGUGGCCACUGUGGCAUUUGGCAUGGGGCUAGAUAAAAGUGAUGUUGGAGCUGUAAUUCAUUACAGUUUGCCUGAAAGUCUGGAAGAGUAUGUACAGGAGAUAGGACGUGCCGGAAGGGAUGGGAGGUUGUCCUACUGUCACCUAUUUUAUGAUGAUGAGACAUUUUUCAAACUUCGUAGUCUUAUGUACAGUGAAGGAGUAGACGAAUAUGCUGUGAACAAAUUUCUGCGUGAAGUCUUUCCUGCUGAUAAAAACUCCUGUGGGAAAAUAAUGUCAUUAAUCAAAGAAUCUGCUUCACGCAGGCUCGAUAUGAAGGAAGAGGUGAUGCUUACUCUUCUGACACGCUUGGAGUUGGGCAAUGUGCAGUACUUGCAGUUACUUCCACAGAUAAAUACAACUUGCACUUUGGCUUUCCAUAAGACUACUCCGCCAUUACUUGCCCAAAAAGUAUCUGCUAUAGCUGUAAUUCUAAAAAGAUCUGAAAAUAAGCGUGGGCAAUAUACUUUUGACAUCCCUACUGUGGCAAAUGACAUGGGGGUUACAGCAGUUGAAUUAACAAAUCAGUUGUACGACCUGAAGUUGAUGGGAGAAAUAACUUAUGAAAUGAAGGACAUGGCCUACUGUUAUAGGAUCAUUGAAGUCCCUACAGACUUGUUAUCACUAUCAGAAGAUAUUACCCAAUGGUUAUCAGAAGUUGAAAAUUGUAAGGUACAAAAAAUGGAUGCAAUGUUUAGUGCUGUAUAUUAUGCAUUAAAUCUAUGUGAUAAGAUGCAAGGUUGCAAUGGGACCAAUCACACACCAUGCUUGCAAAGGAAAAUAUUGGAAUAUUUUUCUGGAGUUGAUAAUACUGGUUUCUGCAAGAAAACUGAGGGCCAAAGCAGUCCUUUCCUACGAGCGGAUAUAAAGGUCUUUUUACAGAGCAAUUCGCAGGCCCAAUUUACGCCAAGAGCUGUUGCGAGAAUAAUGCAUGGAAUUGCAAGCCCGGCGUAUCCUUCAACAACAUGGAGUAAAACUCAUUUCUGGGGAAGGUAUACUCGAAUAGACUUUAAGGUAGUGAUGGAAGCAGCAAAGGAAGAACUUAAACAUUUCGUCGGAAAAAAUACGCUCUAACCAUUUUGGACGGAUUGAUUUUACCAUCUGAUAAAUUUGGAUUAGGGGAGCAGAAUCCGUGCAAGACCUGCAUUUAUCCAAGGACCAGGAAUUGAGCUUACUUUGUUCCCUGUCAAGUCGUUGGAAUUAAAUUAAGGAGUUGUGUGGCAUGUUACUGUUGUCGUAAAUGGGGCGCCAGCACACAUCUGUCAUCUCAAGUUGAGACAAGCGAAAGGAAAAAUGAAGCUCUGCCCCGUCUGUGCCUAAUGAUUUGCAUUUUCCAAUUGUCCAUUGGGAAUUGGGAUAGCAUGCGACCUGUGGUUGGAGGAAUCAAGGAUCCACAAUCCUUUGCUGUCUGAUAUUUGUUGUCACCUUGUCCUACAGAGCGAUCCCUCUCAUCUUAAAAGGGAAAAAGGGUUGAUUAACUAGCUCCACUUAUAGGUUUUCCCCCUUUCUUGAAUAGCACUCAGUGCCAAUAAUGUUAUUAUUUGCUUACCUUUAAAUAUCAACACCAAUUUUAAUUAUUUGUUCAUAUAUAUAUUAAUUCAGGUUAGCACAAAACAGUGAAAAUUUUUUUGUUUACCUUUGUUA